AAUUUGAAGGCCCCUUGCCAACUUUUCCUUCUAUUCUAAAUAGGUUGGAUCUCACUAACAACUUAAUUUCUGGUCGAAUUCCAGAAGAUAUUGGCACCAUGACGCCCACACUGGACAACUUCCUUCUCUCUGGCAAUCAAAUAACCGGUUCUAUCCCAGACUCAUUGUGCAGAGUAAAUACCCUGCGAGUUCUUGAUCUCUCCAAAAACAUGCUAUCUGGCGACAUCCCAGAUUGUUGGAGCGAUUUCCAGAUCUUGGUUGUUCUAGACUUUUCAGCCAACAAGCUUUCUGGGGUCAUCCCAGCCUCAAUUGGAAAUGCAACAUCACUGCAGUCUUUGCAUUUGAACAACAACAGUCUUCAUGGAGAGCUGCCGUCGCCCCUACGCAAUUGUACAAGCAUGGUUAUUUUCGAUGGUGGUGAAAAUCGAUUAUCUGGAAAUAUUCCCAGAUGGAUUGGAGAGAGCAUGUCGGGCCUUGAAAUUCUUCGCCUGCGAUCAAAUAAGUUUGAUGGGACAAUUCCUUUAGAAAUAUGUCACCUUAUUGAGCUUCGGGUGCUUGACCUCGCAGACAACAAUCUACUAGGAACAAUCCCUCUCUGUUUUGGCAAUUUGGGGGGCAUGACUUCUGGGUAUGCAGCAAUGAGUGACAUUGGUCUGUAUAAAUGGUCAACUACUUAUGGCGAAAACAUGGUUCAGUUCAUGAAAGGGAAACAGCUCGAGUACACCAAGACGCUCAAAUACCUAAUCAACAUGGAUCUUUCCCAUAAUAAACUGGUCGGAACCAUCCCGGAGGAGUUAACAAACCUGACAGUACUACACGGAUUGAACUUGUCCGACAACCAUUUGACAGGGAGAAUCCCUGACAUGAUUGGCAACAUAAGGUCAUUGGAGUCCCUGGACUUUUCAAGAAACCAGCUCUCUGGAACAAUUCCACAAACAAUCUCUGCGCUCACUUCUCUAAGCCAUUUGAACAUGUCCUACAACAACCUGUCAGGACAAAUUCCAUCAGGCUAUCAGCUGCAGACCUUUGAUCCUUCCAGUUACUUUGGCAACCCUCAACUCUGUGGCUUUCCGCUACCCAAGUGUGCGAGCCCCGACCCGCCGCCGCCGCCUGAAGCUGGCAAUGAAGGAGCGGGAAACGAAUCCAAAAUAGAAUGGCUUUACAUCUGUAUGUCUGCAGGGUACGUGAGUGGAUUAUGGGGAGUUCUUGGUGUGAUGAUGUUGAAGAAGAAAUGGAGGGAAGCUUAUUUCAGCUUCGUGGAUAAUGUGAAGGAGAGGACAAUUUCAGUCUUCAAAGAGAAGGUGGCUACGCCAAAUAGAACCUCCAGGACUAGGCGCAACCCCAUGGAAUGGAGCUGGUGAACAACUGAACAUUGAGGAAUGGAGAUACGAGGUGAAGUAAAGACUGUUUUUCAUGGAGGGUAUCAAACAUCAAUGUAGUAGCUAAUGUAGUGUGUGCCAAAAUUCUAAAUAAACAUGUUAAA